GAUCCCCCUAGCCUUUUCCCUCCAUUCAAAUUUUUCACUCUCCUGCUUCCCCACACAGAGUGACAGGCAACCCUCAACGGCCCUAAAUCAAUAGUAGAAGAAUCGAAUGAACCUCAAGAAACCCUAACAUCUCUGGUCGUACAGCUCCACCACCGAGCCCCAAAGAUGCAAGACUUCGUUGACUUGUUACGCGAGUCCCUGGUGCGGACCCAGCGCCGGGAGGACGGAGGAGGCGGAGGAGGCGGAGGAGGGUUCGGUGACCUGGUAGGGAAGAUCGGCUCCAGCAUCCGAAAAUCACGAAUCGGGUUGUUCUCCAAGUCUCCGGUUCGUGCUCUUCCUCCGGCUGCUUCGAAAGAUGACGCGCAGCCGAUUCGGUGGCGCAAGGGCGAGUUGAUUGGGUCCGGUGCGUUCGGUCGGGUCUAUAUGGGGAUGAAUCUUGACUCCGGAGAGCUUAUAGCCGUGAAACAGGUGUUGAUUGCGGCAAAUAGUGCUUCAAAGGAGAAGACACAGGCCCAUAUUCGAGAGUUGGAGGAGGAAGUGAACCUUCUUAAGAAUCUUUCACAUCCAAACAUUGUUAGAUAUCUGGGGACUGCUAGAGAGGAUGAUUCAUUGAAUAUUCUGUUGGAAUUCGUGCCUGGUGGAUCCAUAUCUUCUCUCUUGGGGAAAUUUGGAUCAUUUCCCGAGUCUGUUAUCAGAAUGUACACAAAGCAGCUGUUAUUGGGUCUUGAAUAUCUUCACAAGAAUGGAAUUAUGCAUAGGGACAUCAAGGGUGCAAACAUCCUUGUUGAUAAUAAGGGGUGCAUUAAGCUUGCGGACUUUGGUGCAUCGAAGAAAGUUGUUGAACUGGCUACCAUAAAUGGUGCGAAGUCAAUGAAGGGUACGCCAUACUGGAUGGCUCCCGAAGUUAUUCUCCAGACUGGCCAUAGCUUCUCUGCUGACAUAUGGAGUGUUGGAUGUACUGUGAUUGAGAUGGCUACAGGAAAGCCUCCAUGGAGCCAACAGUAUCAGGAGGUUGCUGCUCUCUUCCAUAUUGGAACAACAAAAUCUCAUCCACCCAUCCCCGAACAUCUCUCCGCUGAGGCAAAGGACUUUCUGUUAAAAUGUCUAGAGAAGGAACCUAAUUUAAGGUGUGCUGCGUCAGAGUUGGUGCAGCAUCCAUUUGUCACUGGGGAUUAUCAGGAACCUCGCCCAGUAAUUCGCACUUCAUUUAUGGAAGCUGGAAAUGAGACGGCAACACCUGGGACAGAUCUUAAGAACUUCAUGAACCCUUCGAUCAGAAGGUCUACCUGUGCAGGCUUGAAGGAUAUUUGUGAUAUGGGUACUGUAAGGUGCUCAACUGUAUAUCCAGGGAGUUUUUCAGGGGGGGGCUCCCGUUGGGGAGCAACCAAUAAUGAUGAUGACGACAUGUGUCAGAUUGAUGAUAAGGAUGACAUUAUGCUUGGUUCAUUUGCAAAAUUCAAAUCUGUGGUUGGACCUGACGAUUUAAACAAGAGUUUCAAUCCCAUGUGUGAACCAACUGACGACUGGCCACGCAAGUUUGAUGAAAGUCUGGAAUUGGAGAGAAGUGGAAUUAACUUCUCCCCUUGUCAAACGAUACACGAGGCUUAUGGAACCACUGGAGCAUCUGAUAAGGUGGAGAGUGAAUUCACAUUUCCUUGUGGGCCAUCAGCUGAGGAUGAUGAGGAAGUUACAGAGUCAAAAAUAAGAGCCUUCCUGGAUGAAAAGGCAUUAGAUCUGAAGAAGCUGCAAACACCUCUAUAUGAAGAGUUCUUUAGCUCAAUGAAUGGAGUUGGUCCUCCAGGUGCAAUUGGAAAUGCAGAUUGUGUUCGUGUUUCAAAUAAUCUGAAUUUACCUCCUAAAAGUAAGUCACCCAGUCGCGCACCUAGUAGAAGAUUCUCUACAGCAGUUGAUGCUGCAGUCCCUGGGAAACAUAUAAAAAAUGUAUCAAAUACCAGUGGUGUGCACAGUCGAAUCUUACAUGAAAUUCAGCCACCUCAGCAUAGUGAAUGGAAACAGCUUCCUGAUGAUCAGAAAGAAUCAUUUAGUCUAAGCGCAAGCUUUUCUGAGAGGCAAAGGAAGUGGAAAGAGGAGCUUGAUCAAGAGCUGGAGAGGAAGCGAGAGAUGAUGCGGCAGGCUGGUUUGGGAACGAAUUCACCAUCCCCAAACAAUCGAAUUCUAAGUCGACAAAGAGAGCGGCUGCAGGCGGUUUUCCCUGGAAAAUGAAGUUUUUGUAUGUACCUCACUUGUAUCUAUUUUACCGUGGUAUAGAAAUAAGUUAUGUUCUUUCCGUUGGGAGCCUCCGGUAUGCACUUGGUGAGGAUGCGGUCCAUUAAUACAUGUGCCGCCGUUGCCAUAGCAGGCUGUGCAACCUGUUGCCUGCUGCAUCAUGUCUCGCAGCUCAGCCAGAAAAUGUCACAUUACCAGUGAUGAUAUAUGUAUUAUUUUAAUAUAUUGUGGCCUAUAUGUAUCUUAUUGCGGGAUAUGAGACAUGAAGUACUUGAGUUUGUGUGAAUUAUAUACUUUGAAAUAUAUAGUAAUGUGCCGCAGAUAACGGUUCUAGCACA